CCUCGAGCUUGAGACAAGAAUAACAACUUGAGGACUGCAAUGUCCUAAUCUUGCAGGCCUUUGAGAUCCGUCGGACAUACUUAUACUCUUUGGUCUUUAACUUGAGCCUCCAGCGAGAUCGUUUCUAGGUCAACCCGCCUCAGUUGAGGGACUCCGUUCUUACCUCGCCUUGAUCCCAACUUACAAGUCGCUCUGGCGUUCCUCCCAAGGAGAAAUCUUGGGGUCAGCAGUAAUUCUGGCAGGAGCCCGUUUUCCCAAAAUCCUGGACUGGAAGAGAAGGAAGAUCUAGUGCAACCUCAGGAGCACAACGAAGCAGUCACCCGCGAGUGCAUUGCUCACACUUGCACAACUCAGCGCAGAUGCUUCUCCACCUCCUGUGUCUGGCGAGCGCCAGUCUCACACUCGCCCGACAGUCCGAAUUCUCUCAGGAAAUCAAAACGCUCACCGGUUCUGAAAGAUUAAUAACGACUGACUCUGCGGUGCCAACUGUGUCACUUCCCGAAGACGAGAGCAGCAUAUUCGUAUCCGGCACGGCAUCCAUACCUGACUUGUCUACGACAUCCAACGCAACCGCAUCCAUCACCUCGACUUCUACGAAAGAAUCCCUGACCCAAAUAGUAGGGGGCACACGUACCACCGGUGCGAGCGGUAACAUGACAACAUCCAGCACCACGACGUCUGCCACGCCGACGAACACCCAACCCUGCAACAACUACCCCGAAUUCUGCUCCCGGCGCUACUCCAACAUCACCGAAGUCUGCGCCCACAACUCGCCCUUUGUGCGCAAAAACAAUGCCGCAAGCAACCAAGCCAUAGGCGUAACGCAGCAACUCAACGACGGCAUACGCAUGCUCCAAGGCCAGACGCACAUGGUGAACGGCACCCUGCACUACUGCCACACAUCGUGCGACCUGCUCGAUGCCGGCACCGUCGAAGACUACCUCCGCGAAGUCACCGACUGGCUCGACCACCACCCCUUCGACGUCAUCACCAUCCUCUUCGGCAACGGCGACUACGCGCAGACAGACGCCAACGGCAAACCGCUCGUCACGGCCGUCGACUUCGUCGCCCCCAUUGAGAAAUCCGGCCUCAAGCGCUACAUCUACCAGCCCCCGAAAACGCACAUGAAGCUCGACGACUGGCCGACCUUGUCCGAACUCAUCUUCCUCAACAAACGCGUCGUCACCUUAAUCGACUACAAUUUCGACCACGAGGCUGUGCCCUGGCUGCUGUGGGAGUUUUACAACAUGUGGGAGACGCCUUUCAGUCCUACCGGUAACUCGUUUCCGUGCGAUUUGGGUAGGCCCGAGGGGUUGAGUAGGGAGGAUCAGGAAGAGUUGUUGUAUAUGGCGAAUCAUAACCUGAAUGUGGAGAUUAGUAUUGCGGAUAUGCAUUUGCUGGUGCCGAAUUAUGUGCAGUUGAAUCAGACGAAUGGGGUCAAUGGGACGGGGAGUUUGGGCGAGAUGGUGCAGACGUGUACGGCACGCUACGCCCGCCCACCGAACUUCCUCCUCGUAGACUUUUACAACGAAGGCCCCUUCAACGGGUCCGUCUUCGCCGUCGCAGCGGAGGCGAAUAACGUCACCUACGACCGGAAGUGCUGCGGCACGGCCAGCGACGCGGCCCAGGUGUCGGCUACACAUCUGAGCCUUGUGAUUGCCAUUGCUGUGUGCUUGGUUUUGUUUUAGUGAGAUGGGGAUUGGAACGUAUUGCGGAAGGCAUGGUGCGAUUUUGAAGGGCAUUUGGAGUGAUGGUUGGUGCCGGUGGAUGACAUGUUCAUCGUUGUGCCUUAGCGAUAUGGAGUUGAGACCGUGGCAGUGGGGUUAUGACAGCGCGCACCUCUUGCAGUCAACGGUAAGUGAAGUAGACUAGCCGGGUUCGUUUCGGUUUCUCCGAAAGAUUGCAUAUAGCGCUGGCGUUCGGGCGAGAUGGACCGUUACUGAUUGAC